AUCUAGGGACUUUGGGACUGGUCCCUCCAGUUCCCCCAAAAAUGUGGGAUCAGCUGAGAGGAUGGAGGUUAUCGAGAUCGAUGAUAAAAACCCAAAAAAAUGGGACAAGUGCGACAAUGAGUGUGUAAUACUUAAUAAUCGAACUGUCAGCUCUUCCUUAACGUAUAAUGAUUUUUUUUCUGAGCAUCUCCUGCCAAAUUUGCCUUGUGUUAUUCAAUCGGGAAUUACUAAUGAGUGGACCUGUGCGCAGCAGUGGCGAAUCGAUGGAGCGCCUAAUUUCAAAUGUCUAAAACAAUUAUAUGGAGAAUCCAAAGUACCUGUAGCUAACUGUGGCAUAAAAUAUUACAACGCUCAAUUAAAAGAGACAAUGAAGAUAGAGAAGUUCGUAGAUUAUUGGCAAGAGUAUAGAAACAAUAAUUAUCCCUGCGAGAUGCCUCUGUUGUACUUGAAGGACUGGCACUGCCUGAGAGAUCACCCGAAUGCUAGAAUUUAUAAAGUACCAAAGUACUUCGGCUCCGAUUGGCUUAAUGAAUACUACCUCGCUCAUCCUCACCUCGAGGAUGACUACAUGUUCGUUUAUAUGGGGCCUAAAGGAUCGUGGACACCUCUUCAUGUCGACGUAUUCGCAUCGUACAGCUGGUCUGCCAAUAUUGUGGGAAAAAAACGCUGGCUACUAUUUCCUCCAGGCGAGGAAGACAAUCUCUGUGAUGCACGCGGUCAUCUACCCUAUGACAUCGAUUCACCAGACAAUAACAUACCUCCAAAACCUUUGAAUAAGUCUUUAGAAAUAGUCCAGGGACCCGGAGAAAUCGUCUUCGUACCUUCCGGAUGGCAUCAUCAAGUUUGGAAUCUAGAAGACACGAUAUCAAUAAAUCACAACUGGAUAAAUGGCUGCAACAUCUGGAAUAUCUGGCGAGAAUUGAAGAAGGCAUUGUUGGCAGUAAUGAAAGAGAUCGAGGACUGCAGUAACAUGGACAAUUGGCCAUCGCAGUGUCAAUUAAUUUUGAAGGCAUCGCACGGUAUGGAUUACCAGCAAUUCUCCCAAUUUCUCUGUUUCAUAAUCGAGAGACGUCUGGAGUCCCUGAAGACGAGAAAAUCAUGCGUCAGCUUUGACACGUGGCAAUUGGGUAUCAAUCACACUAUCUUCGACAUCCACAGGGCGAAAUCCGUGUUGAUUAGCCUCACGAAGGACACGAAGGAGAAAAAUAUCCGUGACAUUGUUUUAAUCGAUGGAAAAGUCGAGCAGUUGAUUCAACGCGUUGAGGCAACACUCAAGUGUAUGAAAAUUAUCUAAAUAAAAUAUUUUAUUCUGUACAAGCUCCAA